GACUUAGACUUGACAUGUCCGCACGAGGACGAGUGAUGCAGGUACGAUGAGAUGCCUCUCCUUUUGGUGGACCUCAUUCAGCCGGUCAGUACAGUCCCACUAUCAAUGUUUUCACAAUAGAAAGACAGAGCUGCUGGAUUCCGGACCAGCCUUCGAAAAAUCCGCUCGCAAUCACCCCCACGCACUUGAGGCUUACGGUGAAUUUCUUGAUUGUGGCUGACCCGGAUACGCGAAAUGGACUCCGACACGCCGGAGCAGUACCGGAGAUGCUCGAGAACCGGCACGCCGAGCUGGCAGUGCAAGGAGAGUGCCGUGAGUGGGGAGAAGUACUGUGGGAAGCAUUUACUGUAUUUCGCCAAAAUGCGGAGGGACGCUCCCACCACAGGUGCUUGUGCAACUGCCGAAGCCAAAAGGAGGAGCGAGAGACUCUCCGGCGACGUCUCCGACGUGGGUUGCCGGAGAAGGAUGCCAGAGGUGGGGAAUGGUGAAGGGUCUUGCAGUGAUGGUGCUGAUGGCGAGAGCAAGAGAGACGGCGGUCCACGGAAGAGAGGGAGGCCAAAAGGAUCAAAGAACGAGACGAGAGUUGGUGAUGGGACUGGGAAGGAGGUGGUGUUGUUCAGCUGUGGCGACCUCUCCGGGAUGCCAGAGGUGGGGAAUGGUGAAGGGUCUUGCGGUGAUGGUGCUGAUGGUGAGAGCAAGAGAGACGGCGGUCCACGGAAGAGAGGGAGGCCAAAAGGAUCAAAGAACGAGACGAGAGUUGGUGAUGGGACUGGGAAGGAGGUGGUGUUGUUCAGCUGUGGCGACCUCUCCGGGAUGCCAGAGGUGGGGAAUGGUGAAGGGUCUUGCGGUGAUGGUGCUGAUGGUGAGAGCAAGAGAGACGGCGGUCCACGGAAGAGAGGGAGGCCAAAAGGAUCAAAGAACAAGACGAGAGUUGGUGAUGGGACUGGGAAGGAGGAGUUGGUGGUGGUCAGCUGUGGCGACGUCUCCGACGUGGGCCGCUGGAGGAAGAUGCCAGAGGUGGGAAAUGGUGAGGGGUCUUGUGGUGAUGGUGCUGAUGGUGAAAGCAAGAGAGACGGCGGUCCACGGAAGAGAGGGAGGCCAAAAGGAUCAAAGAACAAGAUGAGAGUUGGUGAUGGGACCGGGAAGGAGGUGGUGUUGGUCAGCGGUGGGAAUGGGAGUUUGUGUCCAAAAGCGAAGAGAGGAAGGCCAAAGGGUUCAAAGGAUAAGAAGAAGAGGAAGAGGAAGAAGAAGGAGGGGGCGAGUGUUGGUAUUGCAGAGGAUCAAGCAGUUUCUGGGGUUGAGACUGUGUGUGUGAACAAUGUGGGUCAUGAGGGAGUUAGUGGAGCGAAUGGAGGGAUAACUGAGAUCGGGCAAUGCGAAAAUGGGAUUUUAACGCAGAAGAGAGGAAGGCCAAAGGGUUCAAAGGAUAAUAAGAAGAGGAAGGACGAGGAGGAGGCAAGGGUUGGAAUUGCAGAGGAUCUAGCAGUUUCCGGGCUUGCGAUUGUGUGUAUGAACAAUGUGGGUCAUGAGGGAGUUAGUGGCGUGAAUGGAGAGAUAACUGAGCACAGGCAAUGCAAAAAUGAGAUUUUACGGCGGAAGAGAGGAAGGCCACAGGGUUCAAAGGAUAAGAAUAAGAGGAAGAAAAAGGAGGAGGCAAGUGUUGGAAUUGGGGAGGAUCAAGCAGUUUCUCAGCUUGAGACUGUGUGUGUGAACAAUGUGGGUCAUGGGGGAGCUAGUGGAGGGAAUGGAGAGAUAACUGAGAAUGGGCAAUGCAAAAACGAAAUUUUAACGUGGAAGCGUGGUAGGCCGAAGGGCUCAAAGAAUCGGAAACUGUCCCCUCAUAAAAGUAGAAAAGAUCAGGAAACUGCUCCUAGGGAUGAUAAGUUGUUUUGGGUUAAUAAUGUGGGUCAUGAGAAAGAUGAAAGAGUGCACGGAGAAAACGAAGAAGAAAAAGUUGAGGCGGUACUACGAAAGCCCCGUCCGUCAAAGGGUUCAAAAUAUCGGAAAUGUGAUACUGCUAAAAAUGAAGUGGUUUCUGGGGAUUUUGCUAAUGGGGGUGUGGACACUGGGCAUGGAGAGGGGAGAAAUAGGAUUUUACAAGGUCGGCCCAAGGGGUCGAAGAAUCGGAAAUUAGCUGCUGCUGAUGGAGAAUCGAAGGGCAAGAUUGGAGAUUUCCUGGGAAAUGGUCAUUCUGGGUUUGAGACAUUGAAGCCUAAAAGGGGCAGAGGCAGACCAAAGGGUUCAAAAAUCCGGAGGACUCUAGUACUUGAGAAAGCUUUGUCUUCUCACAGCACAGAAAGGGUGGUCAAAAGGAUGAAUAGAGGAAGAAUGAUCAAGAUUAUUAGUGGCCGGAGAGUUGCAAAUUCAAGAUCAUCAUACCAUUGGAGACGGGAAAUGGAGCAGAGGAGUUCAAUGUGUCAUCAGUGCUUGAGGAGUCACAGAAGUGAGGUCGUAAUUUGUUCAAGAUGCAAGAGAAAACGCUAUUGCUAUGACUGCCUUGAAAAGUGGUACCCAGGGAAAAGUAAACAAGACAUGGAGAUGGAAUGCCCAUUUUGCCGUGGGCAUUGCAACUGUAGAAGGUGCCUCAGGAAAGGUUCAGUUCUUAGGGCAGCGGAGGAUGAAGAGGAUAGUUUGAUGAAGCUGCAGAAGUUGCUUUACAUGCUUGACAAAACUUUGCCUCUCCUCAGGCAGAUGCAACAAGAACAAGUCUCUGAAUUAGUUGCAGAGGCUAGAAUCUGUGGCAACCAAGUGGUGGAGGGAGAUAUACCAAAGUCUCUACUGGAUGACGACGAUCGAGUGUACUGUGACAACUGCAAUACAUCCAUUAUCAAUUUCUACAGAAGCUGCCCCAACCCUUUUUGCUCAUAUGAUCUGUGUCUAACUUGUUGUUCGGAGCUGAGAAGAGUUGAUGAGGCAGAAUCAACUGAACUAGAAAGAUUGCAGAGUGAAGGUACUGAGCUGGAUGUCCAGAUACCAUCUGUGAAAGGGGUACAAAAUGGUCAAGAGAGCAAAUCGACCUCCUCAGGCAAUACAAACUUUGACUUUCAUGAUUGGAGGGCAGAAACUGAUGGUUCGAUCCGUUGUCCUUCCAAAGCACAGGGAGGUUGCUGUAGUGGGAUUCUUGAACUGAGACGGAUCUUUGAUGCAAAUUUUAUAGACCAAAUAAUAGACAAUGCGCAUAAGUUGAUGCUAGAUUACAAGUCCCCAGAGACCAAACUUUCCCAAGGAUGUACUUUGUGCUAUUCCACUGAUUCUACAUUAAGUGGGAAACUCGAAAGAAGACGGGCAGCUCACCGGGAGAAGAGUCAUGAUAACUUUCUGUACUGUCCUGAUGCUCUUCACUUGAAUGAUGAUGGAUAUAAGCAUUUUCAAACUCAUUGGGUCAAAGGUGAGCCUGUCAUUGUUAGAAAUCUACUACAAAAAGCAUCUGGACUAAGUUGGGAGCCGAUGGUAAUGUGGAGGGCAUUUAUGGGUGCGCAAAAGGUACUGAAGGAGGACGCUCAUGUUGUUAAGGCCAUUGAUUGCCUGGAUUGGUGUGAGGUUGGAAUCACCAUCUUUCAGUUCUUCAAGGGCUACCUGGAGGGUCGCAGGUAUAAAAAUGGUUGGCCAGAGAUGUUGAAAUUGAAGGAUUGGCCACCGUCGAAUUCAUUUGACGAGUGUUUGCCGAGGCAUGGGGCCGAAUUCAUUGCAAUGCUUCCUUACACGGAUUAUACUCAUCCAAGAUCUGGUCUUUUGAACCUUGCCACGAAGCUUCCUGCAUUUGUGAAGCCUGACUUGGGACCUAAAACAUUUAUCGCCUAUGGAUUCUCAAAAGAGCUUGGAAGAGGUGAUUCAGUUACAAAGCUUCACUGUGACGUUUCUGAUGCGAUCAAUGUAUUGACACACACUAGCAAAGUAAAUAUAGCUCAAUGGCAACGUAGAGCCAUAAACAUUCUCCAGAAGAGACAUGAAGUGGAAGAUCCUGAUGACCUCGCUAACUGGAUGCAAGAUAAGUUGGCUAUAUCUAAAAGAGACGCAUUAAGUGCUCGUACUAGUGAUUCUAGUAUCCAUGAAUCACUCCUCUCGUCUCUGCGAAAUGAGGGUGAGGAGCCACAUGAUAAGGUCAAUAAAAGUGCAUCAGAAUCAGUUCUUCCGGAGGAUGAGAUGAGAGAUGCAGGUUUGGAGUGCAACUUGAGCAUUGCUGAAGAAGUUGUUCAAGACGAUGAUUGGGAGGUAUCGCUUGGAGGUGCCGUAUGGGAUAUUUUCCGUCGGCAGGAUGUCCCCAAACUAGUCGAGUACUUGCAAAGACAUUGGAAAGAAUUUCGCCAUGUCAACAAUCUACCUGUCGAAUCUGUUAUUCAUCCUAUACACGACCAAACUCUUUACUUAACCGAUAGGCAAAAGAAGCAACUGAAAGAGGAAUACAAUGUUGAACCUUGGACAUUUGAGCAACAACUUGGUGAGGCUGUUCUCAUUCCUGCAGGAUGUCCACAUCAAGUGAGAAACAGACAGUCGUGCAUCAAAGUCGCCCUCGACUUCGUAUCCCCCGAAAAUGUUCAAGAAUGCGUGAGAUUAACUGAAGAAUUCCGCAAGCUUCCUAGAGACCACAGGGCCAAGGAAGACAAACUGGAGGUGAAGAAGAUGGCGAUCUAUUCAGCAAGUUAUGCUGUAAGUGAGGCCAAAAUUCUGACAACUGAACUUAACCAGGAUCAGUGUAGCUCUUGACCUCAGCACAUUCUUGUAACAUGUACGUUGAUACUUUCAUUUUUGCGAAGUGACCCUCGAAAUUGAACAAAUAACAGUUCAACUCGUGCGUGGGAUUGUCAUAUUCAAUGUUGUUUGCUGGACACUUCGAAGCUGAUAUUUUCCGUGUUGCUCCCGGAAUUUUCCCUCACCCCUCUCCUCAGUCUUGUAGUUCAGCUAACUGAGACGAGAGACGAGGAAGCAACUAUCUGUCGGCAGUGGCUCCAUCCUAGGCAGUGUUAGAGAAAGGGGCCUGUUGUAAAUAUUUGUAUGUCGAGACGUUGAAGGUUUGGUAACUCGCCGACCCUCCAUUGACGAUCGAGAGAUUUUAUUCAUGCAACCUGUUGACAUUCUUUGUUCGAAGUUAGCUUGUAAUCAAACUAGUACAAGGUGAAAGCAGCAUACCCAGGAUGUAAUGAACA